AUUUCAAAACCACGUUACUCGCCUAUCCAAAAUUUGCAUUUCAAAAAUUUCAUCUCUCUCUCUCUCUCUCUCUCUCUCUCUCUCGAUCUUUCGAUUCAAACUCGGACUGCCCGCGUUCUUUUCACGCCUAACCUGCUGCCCUGUCUUCUGUCUCUCUCGCCUCGCAUCAAAGCCGACCAGACAAAACCCUAAUUUCUCUCUCGAAGUCCUAGCUAUACGAUGAGGAAAGGAGCGAAACGAAAGGCGAGCCAGAGGGAUGAAGCCAAAUCUACAGAAGAACAAGCCGAGCACAAGGAAUCGACCACACGAGCUAAGCGAGUCAGGGCUUCCAAACCCGAAACUGAGCCCGAGUUCUUCGAGGAGAAGCGGAAUUUGGAAGAUCUUUGGCGAGAAGUAUUUCCAGUUGGGACAGAGUGGGAACAAUUAGACACACUUUACAAGUACAACUGGAACUUCUCAAAUUUGGAACAAGCCUUUGAAGAAGGUGGAGAUCUGUAUGGGAAGAAAGUUUACCUUUUUGGAACCACAGAGCCUCAAUUUGUCCCGUUUAAUGGAGAACGAAUUGUAGUAUAUAUCCCAACAGUGGUUGCUGUUGAUUCACCUUUCCCUCCUUCUGAUAAGAUUGGCAUCAAGUCAGUCCAAAGAGAAACUGAGGAAAUAGUACCCAUGAGGCAAAUGAAAAUGGAUUGGAUUCCGUAUAUUCCACUGGAGAACAGAGAUAGCCAAGUCGACCGACUAAAGUCUCAAAUUUUUAUUUUGAGCUGUACCCAGAGGAGGACUGCUUUAAAGCACUUGAAGAUUGAGCGUGUGAAGAAAUAUGAGUACUGCUUACCCUAUUUCUACCAGCCAUUUAAUGAAGAUGAGCUCGAGCAAAGUACUAUUGUCCAGAUCAUUUUUCCAGCUGAGCAAAAACCGAUCUUCUGUGAGUAUGAUUGGGAAUUUGAUGAGUAUGAGGAGUUCACUGAUAAGCUUGUUGAGGCAGAGGAAUUAUCUGAAGAUCAGAAGGAUGCCUUCAAAGAUUUUGUGAAGGCGAAGGUUCGAGAGGCUAAAAAAGCGAAUCGAGAGGCGAGGGAAGCCAGAAAAAAGGCCAUCGAGGAAAUGAGUGAGGAAAAAAAAGCUGUGUACCAGAACAUAAAGUUUUACAAAUUCUAUCCUGUGAAGACACCAGAUACACCUGAUGUAUCUGACGUGAAGGCACCGUUUAUAAACAGGUACUAUGGGAAGGCUCACAAAGUUCUCUGACUUGGCUUGAAACGGCCAGCCGCAGAACCAUGCGCUCGAGUGCUUUUUACUCUCCCUGCGGAAACAAGCCAAAGAAAGAUUUCCUACCAUUGGAGGAAGCUCGUCAGGAUUCCAAUUCAAUCAAUCCAUUGCAGAGGAAAGGUGUAAGCCUGUAGCUCAACAUUUGUAACAAAGGUUUCCAAAACAACGAAUGAAACUGAGUGGGAAGAGAGAAUAAUUAGGUGCUAUAACCAUCCGGCGUAUUUGUAGGUUAUAUUUACUGAGGCCUUCCAAUUUUGGAUCGCUAGCUGGAAAUAGGAGGCAGCGGUUGAGAUUGUCCCCUUUGUUUCUGCGAACAUUAAUUUUGUAUCAGCCAAAGUUCAAUUCCAUUAUUGAAUGACACAAGUCUUCCUAGUUUUCUGAAAA